AGCAACAAAAUGACCCGACAAUAUAAUUUUUAAAUAAAAAAUGCACAAUUUUUUUGACCGCUUACCACAAUGUAAGCCAGCCACCAAGAACCGAAAAUGACACCGUUGCCUUCAGAUAAUUGCAAAAGAAAGAUCGUCUUUUCCCGCAGUUGCAGCUCCACGAUACCACAAUUGAUCCACCAAAUCCACAAAAAAAGACCGCCGUUUUUUUACGAUUCCGUUGUCUCUUUCAAUUAUUCCUUGAUUUUUUGAACAUUUUUGUCCGUUUGAUUUCUAGAGAUACACAGAUUGAUCAGCGCCACCUAGGGUUUUGCUGUUCUUGUUCUCUAGGCAUUUUCAUUUUGAUUUUUGGCCCCAAUUUGUAGAUUUAAUUUAAGGGCUCGUAUUUUGGGGGGAGAAAUGACAUCAACGUUUGAUAGAUGGGAAAAAGAUCCGUUUUUCUCUGCUGCGGAGGACGUUCAGGAAUCUUCCGACAGGAUGGAAUCAACAUAUAGAACAUGGAUUCAUGCGAUCAAGGAGCCCUCCGGUUCUUGGAAUUUGGAUGAGCUUCGGAGAGAUCUUCAAACAACCCUUGGCACAACCAAGUGGCAGUUGGAAGAAUUUGGACGUGCUGUAAGAUCGAGUUACCCAAAUAGUGGAUCAGCUGAUGAUGCAAAGGAUAGGCAUCGGGAUUUCAUUGUUGCAAUAGAGAAUCAAGUAAAAAAAGUUGAAACCUCUUUGAAAGAAUCGACAGUACGACAAGGCAAGCCACCAUUGCCUUGGGUGCGGUUGGAUGAAGGAGAACGAAAUGAGCUUGCAUUGUUUCUUUCAGGACAAUCAUUAUCUUCCCCAAAUAAACUCUUUGGAAAGCAUCAGCAGGGGCAGGAAAAUUCGCUAGAGGGUGAUCAACAAGUGAAUAAUGAGUGUUCGAGGAGUUCAUCUCAUUUGGUUGAAUUGGCUCAAGUAGAGGGCAAGGGGGACAAGUUUUCAGGUCAUCGGAGGACAGCUAGUGCAAGUGCAGACAUUGGCUCAUGGAAGAUUGCUGUAGCUGAUGAUGUUCUACACGAUUCAUCUAGUGCAAAGCCUGAUCGUCCCCCACGAAAGAUACCUAGUUUUUCAGGAUUCUUAAAUAGCAUGGAAUCGUCCAUGUCGCAAUUGAAGUGGUCAAAGAACGGUUACAAGAAACUAAAGCCUACAGAUGGGCCUCAGGAUGCUGGUGCUACAUUACCUAGAGCCCAGAUUUUGACUAGAGGCAUUAAUACGUGCUAUGAGAAGAGUAAAAGUUGCCUUGAAGGCUGUGAUGAUUAUGAAAAACAAUGGUAUGGUUGGUAUGGUAGUAUCCAGAGACAGCUUCAGAGAUCCCAAUAUCACGUGCAAUAUAGUCGGCCUGUCCAAUUUGUUUUCUCUGUCAUUCUCAUACUCUGCCUACUCGGUGAGCCUGCUGAUUUUCUAUUUGCUAUAUGGUAACUGUUUCAUUUCUUGUAGUGAUUCAGAUUCGACUGCAUUUGCAAUUUGAUAUGGUUUUUUAAACUUCUUAUUGUUACAAUUGAUCCUUCUCCUUGAGUUAUAGGCUAUAUACAAUAAUAGUACCACUCUAGAUUAUUUUUCCCUCUCCACUUUCCUGUAAAGUGUAUAAUGAGAUUAUUCAUACUUGUCACAUUAAAAUUUUUCCGGUAACUUUGUCAAAUUUUUUCCUAAUCUUACACGUGUCAUAGCUCGUUAGUAAAUGAUAAACAUAUUUGGUAUGAACUACAAUAUCAAAUGUUCAAAUGGUUUUGCCUUAUAUACAACCCCAUCAGUUAUUGCAUCCAUUUUCCUUCAGGGUAGGAACUUUCGUAAUUUUGUAUCAUACUUUACACAUUUUCCCUUAUGGGUUAAUUUCCCGUAAAUAGUAAAUACACGAAGUAUACCCAAAUUUUCGUUUUUAACCAACAUUAUUUUUUUUGGUCAAUCAAUACAUGAAUUUUCAACAUUUUGGAAUUUGGCCCAAAUUAAAAUUCUGGCAGCAAUUAAUUCUACAUGGAUGCCGGAAUUUUCUUACAAGGCAUUUCAACCGAUAAUUAAAAUGUUUUGUUUCAUAAAACAUAAGAGUGUGGUACCUUCUUUAGAGCAUGUUGUGGCCUAGAGGCAAAUGUUUUUGGUGCUACCAAUUUGAUUUCAAUUAUUGUUCUGUUUAUGUCAAAAUAAAAUAGUGAAAGGAUUACAUGCAUCAUGCACCAAAGAAAUUAAAAAAAUGAAAUCUAGGCAUUUGUAACUUACGGAACUUAUUUAACCUAUUAAAAAUCUAUUGAUGAACAUGAAAUUCAUGAUUAUCUCUCAUGACACUUCUUUUCUUGAAUAUUUCAAAAAUAAUGCAGUGUAUUCUGGGAAUCACAGAACUAAAUCCAUGCAAAUAUUGCAUAUAUAGAAUCAAGAGCUUGUUGCAAAACCCAUACGGCCAUACAUGAAUACUGGAAACUGCUGAUGUGAAUAUGAUAUACAUGUGAAAGUGUUUGCCUCUACUAGUUAAUAUAUAUGGUCUAUUCUGUCUGUAACUCUGCGAUUGUAGUGUAAUAGAAACUAUUAGAGAUGAAGCUUCAGUUGUCUCGAUAUACUUAUUAUAUUGUUUUGUCUGCAGUCUUAUUGGCGUUGCGUGCAAUCUGAGGGGGAGAGCUUCGUUUCUCCAUUCUAAUUCAGGAUUCAUCUGUUGUAAAAUCAGAUAGUUGGGGGAUUGCUUUACCAUGCCCUAAACAGAUGAUACACAGCAUUCAUUGAACUAUUUUGAUGAGAACUGUAAUUUAGCAUUCAUGAUUAUGCCAGAGCUGCUUUGGCAACAUCACAACUACCCGUUUUUGUUUCUUCUGGGCGAUGAGGCUUGUUGUAAUGUUGUAUUUUUGGAGCUGCUGUUGUAGUAUCGAUCUUUCCACUUCAGAAACUUAAAUGUCAUAGUCGCUUCUGUUGUAUCAUUGGUUUCAUGUAUCGAAGGCAACUUGUAUAUAAAUUUUCGUGACUUGUGUAUAUUGAUUUCCGUUUGAACUAGGAAAGGCCAAUAUUGUGUAGUUA